AUGGUCUUCACUUUGUCAAGUCUUCUGUCGCUCGGUCUGCUCGCAAGCGGAGGGGUUUACGCAGGCCCCUUAAGCAAAGCCAAGGGUAGAGCUGUUCCCGAGGGUUUCGUCACCGUUAAAGGAGGCAAGUUCCAACUCGAUGGGAAAGACUUCAACUUUGCCGGGAGUAAUGCGUACUAUUUUCCAUUUGAUAGUAACACGACUGAUGUUGAACUCGGACUUGCUGCCGCUAAGGAUGCUGGCCUAAAAGUAUUCCGCACUUGGGGCUUCAAUGACAAGAAUGUCACAUAUGACCCUCAAGGCCUGCCACAGUAUGGUGGCGAGGGUGCGGGCGCGACCAAUGCUAUUUUUCAGUGGUGGGCUAAUGGUACUUCUAACGUCAACAUCACCGAAUUUGACAAGGUAGUCAAUGCCGCCACUAAAGUCGGCAUCAAACUUAUCGUCACCUUCACUAAUAACUGGGCCGACUACGGUGGCAUGGAUGUCUUUACUAUCAACCUUGGUGGAAAGUACCAUGACGAUUUCUACCGGCUACCUCAAAUUAAAGAUGCAUACAAACGAUACAUCAAGGAGUUUGUUACGCGUUAUAAAGACUCCGCGACUAUCCUAGCUUGGGAGCUAGCCAACGAACCGCGCUGCGGUGCUGAUGCCGUGCGCAACCUUCCCGUCAGUGGCAACUGCACGGCAGACACGCUGACCUCAUGGAUCGAUGAGAUGAGCACAUUCGUCAAGAGCUUAGACCCAGACCACUUAGUAACGUGGGGUGGGGAAGGUGGCUUUAACCGGGAAUCGGACGACUGGGCCUACAAUGGCUCUGACGGCGGUGACUUCGACGCCAACUUGGCUCUACCUAACAUCGACUUUGGCGUGUUCCACACUUACCCCGACUGGUGGACUAAGACCGUCGCCUGGGCCGACCAAUGGAUCCGUGAUCACGCAGCCGCGGGUAAGAAGGCUGAUAAACCGGUUGUCCACGAAGAGUACGGCUGGAUGACUCCCGAGGUACGCGAGCAGAACGGAAUUCCUGCCGUAAACGCAACAAGAUUGGAGGUCGAAGGAGGCUGGCAGAAGAUCAUGCUAGAAGAGGGCAUGGCCGAUAUGUACUGGCAAUACGGCUUCUCGGGAUACUCUUACGGUCGUAACCAUAACGACGGCUUCACUAUUUACCUAGACGACGAAGAAGCGCAGACUCUUGUCUACGAUCACGCUGAAGCGGUGAAUAGCCUCUGA